AUGAACGACAACAAUAGCAACGAAAUUAACAAAGAAAUUACUCCUAAUAAAGAACUUUUUAAGGAAAUCAUUAAGGAGGCUAAUUUGCCCGAAGAAAAAGUUAAGGAAGAAUUGCCUAACUUAGAUAAAGAACCCGAGCUCCCCAUUACUGAACAGAAAUUUUUUGAUGAUUAUGCUCGCCGAAAGUCCCAAAAUCAAAGUAAAUUAGAAAGUGAACAAUUAGCCGAGCAAGAGAAAAAAAUUGAGGAAUAUAAAGAAAAAAACACUAGACCAGUUAAGACUAUUAAACAAUCCCGAGAAGCAAUUGCUGAAUUAUUGGAAAAAACAGAAAGAGAGUUGGAGGAUUAUUUUAAAGGUGAAAAUAUGACUGAUACCAACCUGGCAUUAGAAUUAGAAAUUUACCCAAAUAAAGAAGCCAAAGCCCGCAGUGAAUAUAACAAAGAAUACAAUUUUGAUGGCACUCUUCAUUUACUUAAAAAAUAUUUAGAAGUUAAAGAAUUUGAGGCUCCUGAAAAUUACUUUGCUCCUCGUGCCGAUGAUGAACGGCAAAAAUUACGGCAGGACUUAAAAGAUGCUGAAAGUCGUUUCUUUUUCAAUUUAGGAAUGAGACAUAAUCCAUUUGCCAAAGAGGAAAGGCAAAACAAUCCCGAAGUAAUGAGCGGACAAGCCUAUUUUGAUGCUUGA